GCAACUCUGUUAGUUCAGUUGCUUUGCACCCUUUCUACAGUACUCCAAAAAGGCAUUUGUAUUGUGAAAGUGGUUUUACUUCUUAAAUUGGGCGAAACGAAGUAAAUUGUGUUUGGAUAAAAUAUUAGCAAGUCGAUAAAAGAUUAAGAAGAACGGCUUUCAAUAACUUCUUAAUUUUUUUCGUAGUUUGCAUUUUCCGUUUAGUAAUUGGAAAUUUCAUAAACGUCACGCGAUUCCAAGAUGUCGGAAGUUGAGAACCAAGAUACCAACGGUACGAGUAAUGGAGAUGUGCCUGAAAUUGAACUGAUCAUAAAGGAAGAAUUUGUGCUUGAAAAUGAAAUUUUGGGGAAUGCGAACGGGAGCAAAAUCAACUUAGCACCGAGUGAAGUCUUGAAUGGCGUAGAUGAGAAAGAGAAUAUCGCUCAAUCGAAAUUAUAUCUCAAGCCACAGCAGCAGCACCAAAAUGUCAAUGAGUGCAAAACAAUAAACUCUGAAAAACAACCCUCUCCGCUCAAAGAUGUCUUAGCGCAACGCAGUAACGAAGCUACAGAGGAUCAUGUUCUUGCACUUACUCAUCACGAUAGUCAACAUUUUUACUUCGAAUUUGUAACACCGAAACCGGACGAAAACUUAUCACAGACUGUCUCAAUUACAGAACGCACAACAACCAACCAGUUAAGUGAUAAUUUGAACAGCGGAAAGAUUGACGACCGCCUGCCUAUAAAUCAGAAAAAUAGAGUUCCAUUAUCUCAAAAUCAGAUGAUGGAAGAAGCAACAGUCAAAGAGGAACAUUUGCGUUGCAGUAGCGCAGUGAGUAAUUUAGACUUCGCCGCUAUGGUAGCUGAGGCAUGCGAGGGAAUUUUCGAUGAAAUUGAAAAUGAUCUGCGAUCAUAUACCGACAGUAGCGAUAGCAAUAGCAAUAGUUACCAAGGGGUUGAGAUUACUUCGGAUUCUGGUGAUCUCAGUGCUCCAGCGAAGAGAAAAAAGAGUGCCCAUAACUCUGAAGCGGUUCAACUUGCGGUGAAUGCUGUGCUGGAAGGUGGCAUGAGUCUGGGUGAGGCAGCAAAACGCUAUAAUGUGGUGCGUUCAACCGUGUCCUCACGUGUAGCAAAACAUCCCAAACGUAAAAGACGAAGGGCUAACAAGGAAUUAGAUGAGCUUAUUCACAGUAAACUUAUGGCCGGUAUACAAAUAUCGCAAAUAUCACGCUCUUUGCAUGUGCCCAAAUCGACCGUUCAUCUACAUAAAACAAGACUUAAGGAGAGUGGAAUGUUGCCGCCUGUAUGGAUCAGGAACGGCAGUAAGGACAUGGUUGAUCAUGGCGUUCAAGAGCGAUUAAAGCAAGCAUAUCGAGGUCACAUCGUAAACGGCAUGUCAGUGCGUUUUGCUGCAGAAUUCUUCUCGCUCCCGCUUACGACCUUAUGGCGAUACAUAAAACGAAGAAAAACCGCGUCUACAACUGCAGUUACUGAUGACAGUAGCAAAAGUGUGCCGGUGGAAUGCUCGAACGACCUCGAGGAAAACACACUUCAUAAUGCUUCGAAUGCGUUUGAUGAUUUAGAUAUAGAUGAGCAAUCACAAAUGCAGGAAAGCAAGUCGCCCUGCGUAUCACCUAAAUGUUAUACAGAUUUGCUAACGGUUUUUGAUAAAGAUGAAGAAAUGCUAGAGCAGUCCUUGCUGGAUCAUCUUUUAGAAUAACAUAUUGAUUAUUUCUAUUUAUUUUGGAUCUCAAUGAUUGGUUAGGACUGUUGACUGUUCAUACAUGAAUUUUCCUCUUAAUAAAUAUUAUUGAAACA